CCACAAUUCGAUUUGGGUUUGGAAUUUAAAAAAAAAAUGGACCAUAAUCAUCAAUGGCGUAUGAGAUUUUCCUUCAAGAACGCCACAAUUGCUCUGACUAUCGUCAACGUUCUCAUCUUCCUCUUCCUACUUCAGGGGUUUUUCACUUCCUCCUCUUCAUCUUCUUCUUCCUCUCGCCGACUUAUUUCAGCUCAGCUUCGGUAUAUGAAGGAAGCCAGAGAGAUUAGGCUCGCGAUGCAACCUUUAGAGCUCAUCAAAAGAGUACGGGAAAUAGAAGAGGAGGUAUCCGCGGGGCAAGAAAUCGAGCAGCAGAAAGAUGUGAAGCAGAACACAGCUGUUGAUCUCUCUAAGCGGCUCAAGGAUUUCCGCGCGCUAAACGAUGCAUCGAGCGUGAAAGCAUUGGAAGAAUGGCGAAAGCGGAAAAUGGAACGAGCAAGACAACGGGAUCUUGAGAAAACCGGAGGAGUUUCAUCCAAAACAUCUUAA